CCAGAUGAGACUACAAUUCCCAUCAGGCGUAGCGGGAGCGGGAUCACGCACGCGCAGACCAGAACCUGGCCCUGUUGCCCAGCCGCGGGGCUUCUUGGAGAAGAAAAUGGCAAUACCGAGGCUGCGGCACGCCGUGAGGACGCUAUUUGAGGUGCCAGCGGCGCUGCGGCGCUUGAGCCGAGCUUGCAGCACGUUCCACGCCUUCACCGACGUGCUCAGGCUGCCUAAGAGACAAAUGACGAAGCUCGUGUUCCCACUCAGGGAACUCGAGCGGCAGCUCACACCAGACUCGAGGUUGGACCUUCACGUGAAGAUCUUCGACCCGAGCCUGGAGGACAUCUCCAAGGCGGAGGCCGUCUUCACGGCCACGUCCCGGAACCGCAUCAGCUACCUCAGCUCCGCCGUGCGUCUCGACCACGCCCCAGCCCUCCCCAGCCCUGAGGUGUGUUUUAUAGGCAGAAGCAAUGUUGGAAAAUCCUCUCUAAUAAAAGCCCUUUUUUCACUGGCGCCAGAGGUUGAAGUCAGAGUCUCCAAAAAACCGGGGCACACAAAGAAGAUGAAUUUUUUCAAAGUUGGAAAAUAUUUUACAUUGGUGGACAUGCCAGGUUAUGGCUAUAGAGCUCCUGAAGAUUUUGUUGACAUGGUAGAGACCUAUCUAAAAGAACGAAGGAAUUUGAUGAGAACAUUUUUGUUAGUGGAUAGUGUUGUUGGAAUUCAAAAAACCGACGGUAUUGCCAUAGAAAUGUGUGAAGAAUUUGCAUUACCUUAUGUGAUGGUAUUAACAAAAAUUGACAAAUCUUCCAAGGGACAUCUUUUAAAACAAGUGCUUCAGAUCCAGAAAUUUGUUGACAGAGAGACACAAGGAUGUUUUCCUCAGUUGUUUCCUGUAAGUUCUGUGACCUAUUCUGGAAUCCAUCUGUUGAGAUGCUUUAUAGCAAAUAUAACAGGAAAUCUUAAGACUGAUGGCCUGUAGUUUAGCUGAAGAUUCAAAAUUCUCUAUGCCAACUGGAGUUUUGAACAUCAAUAAUUUCAACAUUUUUUUAUAUUAAAUAUAAUUUAUUGUCAAA